CUGUUCCCUUCACUUCUUCCAUGGCUUCCCUUCUCCACCCCCUUCUCUUCAUUUCCUUUCUUACCCUCUAUUAUUCCCCUAUUUCCCUUUUUGCCCUUAAAGUCAAUGUUGGUGCCAACACAGGUGUCUCUUUGUCUAAAGAGUGCAGCAAUAAAUGUGAAUCCUCCUUCUGCAAAGUGCCACCAUUGCUGAGAUAUGGGAAGUACUGUGGGAUAUUAUACAGUGGAUGCCCAGGAGAGAAGCCUUGUGAUGAACUUGAUGCAUGUUGUAUGAAACAUGAUGCCUGCAUUGCAGCCAACAACAACAACUACUUGAGUGAGGAAUGCAACAAGGGAUUACUGGGGUGUGUACAAAGGUUCAAGAAAGCAGGGAGCAGGACAUUCAAAGGCAACACAUGUGAUGUUAAUGAUGUUACCAACACCAUUAAUCUUGUUAUGGAUGCUGCAGUUCUUGCAGGCAGAUAUAUUCAUAAACCCUAAUUAAUUCAUUGAUAUUUGGCUAGCUGGCUCAAAACCCUACCAACCAUGAAGAUGGUCUGACGUGGCAUUAAGAUGGGCCCCACGUUAUGGAUGACGUGGGAGGAUGAUUGAAUAUUCCCACAAAAGUUGCCUCAUUAUUCUUUUUUAGAAGUUUAAUCGACUGCAUUUUGAUCAUGUAUUGUAGCCAAAAACAUAUAUAAUUUGAUAGACAUGUGCCAACAAAUUAAGCUUCCUUUCAUAACGAGAUAUUUGAACAAUAAAAUGACGUCAUAUUUGUUA